CCCCUGGCCGACAGCACUUUAUUCAGUGGUGAGGGGAGAGAGCCCCUCGAUGACCAAGGGCAUCCUGUUAAUGGCAGGGGUGGCCUGAAGAAAGCACUGUCGAGCAGGGGCUACAACAUGAACUACAACAACAACAGUCGAGCAGGACGUCACUGUAGAAAAUGUUCAUGUUUAUUAUUGCAGGUUGAACUUGUUCCUGGUGGAGCCAAUAUUCCAGUCACUCCUUUGAAUGUUUACGAAUAUGUUAGGAAGUAUGCAGAAUAUCGAAUGCUGGUGGUUGCUGAGCAGCCUCUUCAUGCUAUGCGGAAAGGAUUGCUGGACGUUCUUCCUAAAAAUUCACUUGAAGAUCUAACAGCAGAAGAUUUUAGGCUCUUAGUCAAUGGCUGCGGAGAAGUGAAUGUCCAGAUGCUGAUUAGUUAUACAUCUUUCAAUGAUGAGUCUGGUGAAAAUGCUGAAAAGUUAUUACAAUUCAAGCGUUGGUUCUGGUCCAUUGUGGAAAAGAUGAGCAUGACAGAAAGACAGGAUCUGGUUUACUUCUGGACAUCAAGUCCAUCAUUGCCUGCCAGUGAGGAAGGUUUCCAACCAAUGCCUUCAAUCACUAUUAGACCACCCGAUGAUCAACAUCUUCCAACUGCAAAUACCUGCAUCUCGCGUCUAUAUGUCCCACUUUAUUCCUCCAAACAAAUUCUCAAACAAAAACUGUUACUAGCCAUUAAGACCAAGAACUUUGGUUUUGUGUAGAGUAUAAUAAAAUGUGUGUACUGUGUGUAAUAAUAUAACUAGGUCCAAGUUUUGUAGAUUAAUUUUUCAUUUGUCUAUAAAAUUGAUGGAAGUUAAUGCUGUCACACACCUGGAGGUUCUAUGGUGGUGAACAUUCCUGUAUUUGGCUUGUAGCUGAAAGUCCAAACCACAGGCUGUAGUGGCUUUGACUGUAACUUUCUAGGCUUUUGGCUAAUCAGUAACCUGUUAGCCUAACCGCAGCCAAAGAUGACAGCAGAUCAUGUAUUGUUACACUGUGAUUUAUGGUCAUUAGGCCUAGGGGAACUGAAAAUGUUUCUGAAAUUUCACUGCUGCCUUUGUCGAAAGUUUGAUCAAAGGUUCUUGUACAGAGGGAAGUAGGGGAAUUCCAAAUAAAACAAGAGAAUGCUUUACAUUUUGUGUGUGACUAUUAAACCUGGUGGGGAAAAGCCCUUUUGUUUGCUUCAUCUGUUUAUCAUUGGAUACAUUUUAAAUUAAGUAUUAUGAUUUGUUCCAAUUAAUAUUGCCAUGAGAGGUUAAAUAUACUUUGUCCUUCAGCCAAGACACAGUUAAGCUGACUUAAACUGGUACGGACUCAUUUAAUUUAUAAAUAUGUUUAGUUUUGGUAUUGACAGUACCAUUCAGUCACAAAAUGUAAAACUGAGCCUUGCUUUGUGCAGGUUGUACAGUAUGCUUCUAUUUAUCCAAGCUACUUAAAAAAAAAAAUCAUUGGUUUGGGUAUUCAUUAAGUUUAACAAAUGGUUUGUUUAGGUUUCAGAUAUCAAAUUGUGUACUGUACCAAAGAGUUGGCAAACCAGUGCACAUGUAGAAAAGUGCAUUUUUAUAUAAAAAUAAAGGAAAUUUGCAUUCUCUGUU